AUGUGGAGAGGUGUGAAAAAAACUUCUGAUGAUAAACGUGCUAAACGUGUCAAAGAAGCAAUGGGAAUAUUGCAAAGAGAGAGAAAAUAUAUUAGCCUUGGCUAUAUUGGAUCUGGCUCAUUUGGACAAGUGUUCAGAAUGAUAGAGCCCUUGAACAAAUCUGAGCUGGCAGUAAAGAUUGUGCCCUACGAGAUGGUGUCAAAAGCCGAGUCUGAGUUGUGGACAAAUCUGAGCCAUCCCAACUUAGUCUCCUUGAUAGGCAUGCACAAAUUAGAGAGACAAAAAACCUUUGUCUUCUUGAUGCCAGUGUAUCCAACCACAUUGCUUGGCGCCAUUCAAGACUUGACUCCAUGCAAGGGAGCUUACAAUAUCGUGAAGUCUUGGCUGAAAGACGUGCUCCAAGGUUUGGACUAUCUCCAUUCUAAUGGAGCUUGCCAUCUUGAUAUUAAACUGGACAACGUCCUCAUAUCAGAUGAAAAUUCGGCACUCCUGUGCGAUUUCACAUUCUUGAGAGAUUCUAAAAAACCUCUCCAUAAACACCAGAUUGGCAUGCCACUUGUAUACCAACCACCUGAAGUUGUCUUGUCCAAAGGGAGAGAAAACCUUGAUGGAACUAGCAUAGACAUGUGGGCCUUCGGUUGUCUGGCUAUGGAACUACUAGGUUGUUUCGCCAUAACAAAUGCGGCAUCCAUUGGCGAGAGAAAAGAAAUGUAUACUACUGUAUUUAACCUAUUAGAGGAAAAUGGAUUACUGUGGCCAAUAACAAAAUUAUUCAGUGCUGAUGACCUGCGUGAGACAGAUGUGGAACUUGCUCUCAGAUUCAUGAAAGAGUUCUUAACUUUUGACGCAUCACAUAGACUACCAGCUUCUGAAGCUUUGAUGCAUGACUUUUUUCAAAAAGUUGAUGACAGCUUUCAUGAAAACUUAGAUGCUAAACAGACUCCGCCAAGCACUGAGCCUAUGCUCCGUAUUGAGCAUCUAUCAGUAGAUGAAUCUGCGAUCCAAGAUAUUGAUGCAGAAAAGCCACAGACGCCAAAAACUCUUUCGGAAACUGAUUUGAAGCAAGUGACUGAAUCCGAAAGGAGCGAGAUUGUUACAGAUAAAUCUACGGAUAAACAAAGUAUGGAACAAUCUGGAACAGAGAUGAUGACUCUCAAGUCAGAGAAUGAGUGCUUUGUGGAACCUACUGAUAUUGACGAGUUAGAGAUGGAAAAAAGGAUGGCAAAAAUUGGUGAUAAUACUAGGACUGAUAUGGAGAAAAAGAUGGAUCUCAUUUUGCUCAAAAUAAAUGAAUUGACAGAUGAAAUGAGAUAUCUGCGUAUCAAAAUAGAGAGGAUAGAGAGUCUGAUAAAGAGAAAUUCGGAUGACAAAAACAUAAAAGACGAAGCAGUUACAAAGAAAACUGGCGAAUCGGAGAAUAUGAAUCUGAUAAACGGAGUGUCUAUUCUUAAUAAACCUAUUGACAGCGUAAGGAUAAACACUGAUGAAGUAGAGAUUGUUCAUAAAGGUGAGAACUCUUAA